AUGGUGGUGCUGCACAACGUGUCGCCCCCGAGCGAAGGAGUGAGACACGAACAGGCUGAUAUCACCGCGGUUCUGGACGGGAAAGGUCUCGGUUCUGGAACUCUUUGUGUAGCAGAGUCCCGUGUGUCUUGGUUUGAUGGGUCCGGAGUAGGAUUUUCUUUGGAUUAUCCAUCCAUCAGUCUCCACGCCAUCUCCCGCGACCUGAGCACCUACCCCGAGGAACACCUGUACGUCAUGGUCAAUUCUAAGCAUAAAGAAGAUUCCAGGAAUGAGGGGCAAAAGGUCGAGGAUGACGACAGCAGUAGUAGUGAUGAUGAUGAUGAUGAUGACGACGACGAUGACGAAUCCGUGGGCCUUGUCUCAGAGAUCCGAUUUGUUCCAAAUGAUAAAGGCUCUUUGGAGACGAUGUUUACAGCCAUGUCUGAAUGUCAAGCUCUUCAUCCUGAUCCCGAUGACUCCGACUCUGAUUUUGACGGGGAUGAGUAUGAUGUGGAGGAGGCAGAGCAAGGCCAGAUCGAUCUGCCCACGUAUUACUCCUUUGAGGAGGGCAUGUCCCAGCUGACCGUGGAGGGCCAAGCUACACUGGAGAGGCUGGAGGGGAUGCUGGCUCAGUCCGCAGGCCCUCAGCACUGCAUGGCUGGAGUCAGGACCGAGGACACGGCAGCUGCAAUAAAUGAUGAGUUGAAGACCAAUUCAGAGGCUCUUGGAAUUUCUGGGCAAUUUGAUGAUGCUGAUGUUGACCAUUGAUGGAACAGAGAGCCCCUUGUUUUCUCUCGCCAGAAACACUUGAAAAGGAGCUGGAACGGGGUAGCGGGGGACAUGCUGAAUUUUAACAGAAGCCAAAGCACUGGGUCCUGUGAAUGUCACUAGACUAAACUGUUGCACACUUGAUGGCUAACCGCCGCCCCCCCAUUCCCUAUCCCCCCCCCCAUCCCCUAUCCCCCCCUCACCCCAUGCCCCCCGGCAGAAGUGAUGAGGCGGUCAUAUUGUGAUUUAUAUGUAACUUUUGUAUUGACUUCUUUUCUACUGACAAAGAUCAGUUCUGACUAAUUUGUGCGUUUUGAUAAUGUAAUAAAUAAAAUGUAUAUAUGU